AUGUCGGGCGCUGCACUCCUCGGGGCGCGGGGAGGGAUGCAGUCGAUUUGGCGACCGAACGUGAGAGUGUCCCUCGACGAGGACGGUGAAGUCGAGGACACGGAGCAGGAAGGAGAGGAGGUGACCAAGAAGGGCGUGAAGCGGAAGAGAGCCCCUUACACGAAGGGGCCAUGCGAGCACGGGGUGAAGUACCGGUCGAAGUGCAAGGUGUGCAGCGCUUGUCCGCACGGUCGUAAGCGCAGAUACUGCAAGGAUUGCGGUGGGUCUGGAAUCUGCGAGCACGGUAGUCGGCGCUCUGAGUGCAAGGAGUGCGGCGGGUCUCGAAUCUGCGAGCACGGUCGUCGGCGCUCUACGUGCACGGAGUGCGGUGGGUCUCAGAUCUGCGAGCACGGUCGUCGGCGCUCUAUGUGCACGGAGUGCGGUGGGUCUGGAAUCUGCGAGCACGGCCGUCAGCGCUAUCAUUGCACGGAGUGCGGUGGGUCUGGAAUCUGCGAUCACGGCCGUCAGCGCUCUCAGUGCAAGGAGUGCGGCGGGGGCUCAAUCUGCGAGCACGGUCGUAUUCGCUAUCGGUGCAAGGAGUGCGGUGGGUCUCAGAUCUGCGAGCACGGUCGUCGGCGCUCUCAGUGUAAGGAGUGCGGCGGGUCUCAAAUCUGCGAGCACGGCCGUCAGCGCUCUAUGUGCACAGAGUGCGGCGGGUCUGGAAUCUGCGAGCACGGUCGUCGGCGCUCUAUGUGCAAGGAUUGCGGUGGGUCUGGAAUCUGCGAGCACGGUCGUGAGCGUCGUUACUGCAAGGAUUGCGGUGGGUCUGGAAUCUGCGAGCACGGUAGUCGGCGCUCUGAGUGCAAGGAGUGCGGCGGGUCUCGAAUCUGCGAGCACGGUCGUCGGCGCUCUACGUGCAAGGAUUGCGGUGGGCCUAGAAUCUCCACUCCGCCGUGA